AAAGAAAGGGGAAUUUCAGAAAUCUGUGGGGGUUGGAGAGGGGGUUGCGAAGAGGGUAAAACGACCAACUUUAGCUCUUGUCUUCUCUCCUCUCAGGUCUGCUGCUGGAAAAUCUGGUGUAGGACGUAGAGAUGCUGUGAUUUUGUGGUCAACAUUGAUCACACAACUGCUUUUCUAGGUUUCAAUGUUGGAUCUGGUGCCAGAUUUAUGCAUGUAUAUAUGUGGAGGGCAUUCGUUUAUGGGAGUUUCAGUGUCUAAGUUGAGGAAACAUGAUAUGUUAUAGGAAUGACAAUCAUUGCAUAAUGUUCCUUCAGCAAACUUGAUUUGUUGGCGACUGGGGCAUUGCUGGACAGAGAAUUUAAAAUUUGGAGAUCCUCCAGUAUGAGUUUAAUCUUUUGAACCUCUAGGGCAUGCGUCCUUCUUGAGAGUGUUGGAAAAAAAUGUUUUCUCCUGUUUAUAUUUUAAUUUAUCAAGGAAUGUGAGGAUAAUCACUGGAGCUAUUAAGUUGCUUGUGUCAAAUAAAAGGAGACGAGUAUCUGUUGCAAACAAAUAAAAAAGAACAGAAAUCGCCAAUCAAAAAACUGAAACAGAACAGAAACCAGUGUAACUUCCAGGACGACAGGAGCACCAAGUGUAUUUUUUGACAAACCUCAGGAGAGGUCAAGGCGUGAUGGAGAUAUCAUUGUUAAAAGUACUUCUUAACCAUAUCUCUUCUUUCUUUCAUUUAUCAUCUCAUGAAAGCAUAAAUCAUGAACCGGCUCAGAAAUAUUACCAAAAGAUUGAAGAGAUAUUGAAGCUGUUAAGGCCUGUGCUUGAUGCAAUUUUUGAUGCUGACAUAAUGUCUGAAGAAUCCCUUCAAAAGGCUUUUGCAGAAAUAGGUCAUUCUGUCAACGAACUGAGGGAGCUAUUUGAAAAUUGGCAUCCAUUAAGGAGUAAAAUUUAUUUUGUUCUGCAAGUUGAAUCAUUAAUAUCAAAGACUCGGGCUUCUGGUGUGGAAAUUUUCGAGCUGCUGAAAUCUUCUGAUCAACAUCUCCCUGUUGAAUUGAAUGCAUCGUCGCUUGAGAUUUUUGUACAGAAAAUUAAGCAAAUUGGUUUGGAGCAGACAACAGCUAUUAUUAAUAAAGCCAUCAGGGAGCAAGCGGAUGGCUCUGUACCCGGCUCAGAGAGCCUGGCAAAAUUCGCAGAUUGUCUGUUCUUAAGGUCAAACCAGGAGCUUCUGAUUGAGGCUGUGGCUCUUGAGAAGCUGAAGGAGAUCGCUGAACAAGCUGAAAAUAAUGGUGAAGCGGAGUACUUUGAUCAAAUGAUUGCUCUUGUUAGCCACAUGAAUGAGCGGCUUGUUUUGAUGAAACAAUCCGAGAGCUCUAACCCUGUUCUGGUACCUGCUGAUUUCUGUUGCCCCCUUUCACUUGAGCUGAUGACAGAUCCAGUAAUUGUGGCUUCGGGGCAAACGUAUGAGCGGGCUUUUAUCAGGAAAUGGAUUGAUCUUGGGCUUACUGUAUGCCCCAAGACACGACAAACUUUGGCCCAUACCAAUCUUAUUCCUAAUUACACUGUAAAGGCACUGAUUGCAAAUUGGUGUGAAGUGAACAAUGUGAAGCUGCCCAUGAAGUGUAUGAGCUUGAACCAGGCAGAGAAUAUCACCCUUAGGGACCCACAUAUCCUUCCUCAUGCAAGAAGCAACCAACCCCUGUCACCUGAUUCAACUCGAUCUACGGGUUCACUUGGAAACAACCUAAUUUCAUCUAGUGGUAUCCAUCGAGAGGGAACUUCUCCGUCACAUCCUCGUUCCUUUUCAGAGGGUUCCCUUCCUGCUGUAUCUGGAAAUGGGCACGGGUUAGAUACUGCGAGAUUAUCACUAAACAGUUCUGAAGACAGUCCGUCUCACUCAGUAGAGCGAAGUUUGGAGUCAGCUAACCAAGCCAUCUCUUCAGCGUCAACAAUAGAGCAAUCUAGUGCUAGUGGGGUCGAUGAACAGUUGUCUCAGGGACAUAAUCGAACUGUCUCGGCCUCCAGCACACUUUCUAAUGUGAAUAUUGCACAAGGGAUUUCGGCUGAUGGCAACGAGGUGUCUUCUUCACAGGCGACAGCCUACAAUAGUGAUGCUUCUGGGGAGCUGACAUCAGAACCACAAGCUGCUACUACCUUGACUACCCCACAGAGAGAAAAUGAUUUCCCUCAAAGAUUGGAGAUAAGAUCUCGAAGCCAAGCAAUGUGGCGCCGUCCUUCUGAUAGGUUUGUCCCGAGGAUAGUUUCUUCUCCUGCCAUUGAAACAAGGGCUGAUCUUUCUGGAGUUGAAACCCAAGUCAAGAAGCUUGUUGAGGACUUGAAGACAAAUUCACUCGAUGCACAAAGAGAUGCCACAGCUGAACUUAGGCUACUUGCCAAGCAUAACAUGGAUAACAGAAUUGUAAUUGCAAGCUGUGGAGCCAUUGGGUUGUUGGUUAAUCUACUUCAUUCAAACGACACAAAGAUUCAGGAAAAUGCCGUUACUGCACUUCUCAAUUUAUCAAUUAAUGAUAAUAACAAAGCUGCAAUUGCCAAUGCUGAAGCAAUUGAACCUCUGAUUCAUGUUCUUGAGACAGGUAGCCCUGAAGCUAAGGAGAACUCAGCAGCCACUCUCUUUAGCCUCUCUGUUAUUGAGGAUAACAAGGUUAGGAUCGGAAGGUCUGGGGCAAUUCAACCACUGGUUGAUUUAUUGGGAAAUGGGACUCCUAGGGGGAAGAAAGACGCGGCUACGGCUUUGUUUAAUUUGUCAAUAUUUCAUGAAAACAAGACUCGGAUUGUGCAGGCUGGAGCUGUGAAAUACCUUGUAGAGUUGAUGGAACCGGCUGCUGGGAUGGUUGAUAAAGCGGUUGCUGUUUUGGCAAAUCUUGCUACAAUUCAGGAGGGAAGGAUUGCUAUUGGUCAGGAGGGAGGGAUCCCUGUUCUGGUUGAGGUUGUUGAGUUGGGUUCUGCAAGGGGGAAGGAGAAUGCAGCUGCUGCUCUUCUACAGCUUUGCACACACAGCAAUCGAUUUUGUAGCAUGGUGCUUCAGGAAGGAGCUGUUCCCCCAUUAGUGGCAUUGUCACAAUCUGGCACUCCGCGAGCCAAAGAAAAGGCUCAGGCACUUCUUAGCCACUUUAGGAACCAACGGCACGGUGGUGCUGGGAGGGGCUGACCAAAAAGGGACCUUUGGAUGUAUCCAAUGCUUUGUGGUAAGAUAUAUAGUGUGUAAAUCUAUCAUAUUGCAAAUAAUGCUUAAGAAGGUCCUAUUUCUUGAAUGUUUUCUUGAUUUGUGAAGAGAAAUGAAAAUGAAAUUGAAAAUGAAAAAUGGAAAAAUGAUUCGUGGGGGGUUGAUUGAUUGCCCUCUCAUGAAUGACUUUCUUGU